GAAGCAAUUUAAUAUAUAUAAUAGUAUGAUACAUCCAUUAAAUCUUCAGUUAUCAUUGUCGUUACAAACUAUAAGGAAGAAAAAAAAACAGUAUUGUACGGUUUCUGUUAUUAGAUAAUAAGAUAAAGAAUGAGAUUUACCGCGAAAGAAUGUGCUGAAGAUAAUAGCCAAAAAAAAUAAAUAACUUUAUAAUUGAAUAUUCAAACAGUGACAGUGUUUUGGAUGAUAAAUAAAUUUAUGAUAGAUUAGUGAAUAAAUUAAAGUGAUAAUGACCAACCAAUCGACACAAAGUCAGCAUCGUUUUGGUUUAUGGCCGCAAUGGUUAGCAGCUGUAGAACUACUACUGAUGUCAAUGAUGGUGGGGUUGAUAUCAGGUUGGACAUCGCCAUAUUUAGCUAAAUUAGAUGCCAUAGAAAAUCCGAUUUCGGAACUUCCAAUAACUAAAGUUGAAGCAUCUUGGAUUGCAUCACUCAUCAAUCUCUCCCGACCAGGUGGUGCAAUUUUAGGAGCGAUAUUUGUUUAUAAUAUUGGUAGUAAACCAACAACGUUGCUUGCUGGGAUUCCUUUUGCAUUGGGUUGGGCAAGCUUCCUAAUUAUGAAUUCAGUGACGUUAGUUUAUGUAUCACGUACUCUCUGCGGUAUCGGUCUCGGGAUGUAUUACAGCUCAUUUCCACUUUACGUGGGAGAAAUAUCACAUCCUAGGAUUAGAGGUGCUCUAGUAGCUUUGAUCAUGCAGGGUCUUAUGUUGGGUAACUUAUUUGGUACAAUGAUGGGAAAAUAUUUAGACAUGUGGUUUUUUGCUGCCAUUAGUCUUGUUCCAAAUUUAAUAUUUUUGGGCUCAUUUAGUCUGAUGCCACAGACACCGCACUAUUUAGUACGUCACAAUAAGAUGGAGGAGGCUGCUAAAUCAAUAAAGUUCUACGAUCGGAAUGCUGACGUUAUCAGUGAACUUGAUGCUCUCAAGCAAUUUAUGCAGUCAAAUCAAACAAAGACGUUCAGAGAUACCUGGCGUGCACUCAAUACUCCAAUAAAUCGUAAAACAUUAUUAAUGGUUAAUAUUAUUUUUGCAUUUGUACAAUUAAGUGGACUUUAUACUGUCUCUGCGUAUAUGGAAAUAAUGUUAACAAAAGCUCGUGUUGACGUUAUAAAGCCAUCGAGUUUAGUAAUCGGAGUUAGUGUAAUAAGUAUUAUUUCCAGUUGGAUAGCGACGUAUACUAAUGAUAAAUGUGGUAGAACAAUUAUGCUAUUACUUUCAAGCAUUGGUGUCGCAUUAGGAAUGUUUUUAUGGGGUUUGAAUUAUCAAUUGUUGGAUCUUGGUUAUGACGAUCCAAACCUACAAUGGCUAUCAAUUACUGCAGCAAUUGUAUACCAAUUCACUCUUGCUAUCGGCCUGAUGCCAGUACCCACAACACUUAUAAGUGAAAUGUUUGCACCAAGUGUAAAAGGUAUAGGUGCUUGCAUAAGCAGCGGGAUUUCUGGUGUAUUUGCAUUCGCUGCAAGCAGAAGUUAUCAACCUAUGGUAGACAUUCUAUCUGAGAAAUACGUAUUUUGGAUUUAUGGUUCACUUAUGAUUACUACUGGAAUUUAUACGAUGAUAUUUAUUCCUGAGACAAAAGGUAAAUCACUUGCGGAAAUACAACAAAUGUUAUCCCGAGGUAUUAAAAAUAAACCAAAUUAUGAAAGUAAAAUAAGAGACGAAAAUAAAGUUGUAGAAAAAGUAUGAAAGUUGUGAUAUAGAUAAAACUAUUUUCAUUUGUAUGGUUAUAAUGGCUAUUUUUUUCUAAAUAUUUUUUAUAUCAAUCGUUAAUUUUAUAAGACUUAUUUUGGCUGAUAAAGUCAUUAUAAUAUUAAGUAGAAAGUUUAAGUAAUAAAGCCGAACGCAAUUCUGUCAGCAGUAGAUUAAUUGGUUAAAAAUUCUGGCAUUAGAAUUUUUUUUAAUAUAUAUUAUUACUCAUACUGAACAAUACUCUAUAAUUGAUUUCAAUUUAAAAUACUUGGUAAGCUAAUGAUUAUAUUUAUUCUUAAUAUACAUUUAAGAUUUCAUAAAAUAAUUUGUAGGUUCGAAAUAAAAACU